UUUCAUCCCUUUGUCCUUAAAUGUCAGAUCUGUUCCUAUACAGAAGUAAUUCCAGGCCAACUAACAGUAGGAAGCAUUUGCUGUCCCACCUCCCAUAGCCCCAGCAGAGCCAGGACAGUCAGAGCAGCCCCACAAGCCCAGAGGCCUCUGUGCUAUGCACGGGACAGGGAGAGUUAGUCCAAAUUGUAAAACUGGUUAUCUGUCUUUCCAUAAAUCAGAGACCAGAGCUUUUAAUGGUAUUUAUUAACAGAAAGAAUGCAAUCAUUGCUUUCUUGUCACAACAGGUUUUAUUAAUCAUUAGCUACACUAAGUCUUCUAGUUUUAUCUUAAAAAUAGAACUCAGUUUGCUGACAAAACCCAUAAAGAACACUUUCCCUACAAUCUUCAUGGACAAGUUCUGCAAGAAAGAACAGCUAUGACAAGUUGUUAUUAUUAUUAUUUCAAUUCUGAUAAUAUUUUCAAGUUUAGAAAUAACAUUUUGGAAAAAAGUUACAGAAAUAUCUGACUACCACCAGCUUGAAAGGGUGGUUUCUCACUUCUCUGCAAGACAAAGUCAUCCAAGGAAGAACUGCACCUGAAUCCACAGGAAAUCCUCCACAGCCAGAGCCUUGACAGGUAGAUUAUGGAUUGCUGGAAGGGAGCCGUAAGCCACAGCUGGAUUUAUCCCACGGUGAUCAUCUGUGCAAAUGGAUUUUUCACCACAAUGAGGCCAUCAGAAUCUUUUCUCACCCCCUAUCUAACAGGACCAGACAAAAACCUAACGGCUGAAGAGGUUACCAACCAGAUUUUUCCAGUCUGGACAUACUCCUACCUGGCUCUCCUUUUCCCAGUGUUCCUGCUCACAGACUAUGUGCGCUACAAGCCCGUCGUCCUCCUGCAGGGCAUCAGCCUCAUUGUCACGUGGCUCCUGCUGCUCUUUGCACAUGGAGUGGUGGCCAUGCAGCUGGUGGAAUUCUUCUAUGGCAUGGUCACAGCCACCGAGGUGGCCUAUUACGCCUACAUCUACAGCGUGGUCAGCAGCCAACACUACCAGAGGGUCACCAGCUACUGCAGGAGCGUCACUCUGGUGGCAGCCACCGUGGCCGCCGUGCUGGGCCAGCUGCUGGUGUCCUUAGCAGGCGUCUCCUACUUCCACCUCAACGCCAUCAGCUUGGCUUCCGUGUCCCUGGCAUUCGUGUGCGCGCUCUUCCUGCCCAUGCCCCAGAGGAGCAUGUUCUUCCACAGGAAAGAUGCCCCUGAGCCUGUGCCAGGGCCUGGCAAAGAGCUGCCUGUGGCCACUGCCCCCAGGCCCCAGAGCUGCCAAGAGGAGAGGAGCCCUGAUGCUGCUGCCAGGGCCCUGAGCCCCCAGCGCCAGGCUGGCAGUGCCGGGCCCCACAGGCACCUGCUGAGCGUGCUGCUGCAGCUGGGCAGGGACCUGAGGCACUGCUACGGCUCCCGCAAGCUCCUCUGCUGGUCCCUGUGGUGGGCUCUGGCCACGGCCGGCUUCAACCAGGUGGUGAAUUACGUCCAGGUGCUGUGGGACUUCCGAGCCCCCUCGCACAGCUCCGCAGUGUACAACGGAGCUGUGGAAGCCAUAGCAACUUUCUUGGGUUCAGCAACAUCCAUGGCAGUUGGAUAUGUCAAAAUAAACUGGGAUGUCUCUGGAGAACUGGCUUUGGGAAUUUUCUCUGCACUGGAUAGUGGUUCUCUGCUUCUUAUGCACUUCACUGACAACAUCUGGGCAUGUUAUGCUGGCUACCUUGCAUUUAAAGCUUGCUAUAUGCUCCUCAUAACAAUAGCCACGUUUCAGAUUGCUGUCAACCUCAGCAUGGAGCGCUAUGCUUUGAUGUUUGGCUUCAACAACUUUGUUGCACUGGUGAUUCAGACGAUUUUAACUGUUGUUGUAGUAGAUUCAAGCGGUCUGGGACUGGAUAUCAGCACUCAGUUUCUCAUUUAUGGCAGCUACUUCACAGUCAUAACUGCAAUUUUCCUGAUCAGAAGCAUGUACACCAUAAUUUCCAUCAAAUGCAGAAAUACAAGUGUGGCCGCUGAAAGCACUGCCCCUUAACAACCAAGAAAAAAGCAAUGGUUACAAGCAACAAUGCAGAAGGCUCCGUCAUCUGGACAAGAAAUCAAGAGAAAUAUAACGUUCAAUCAAGGAAAACUGGUCUAGGUUGAAGCAAGCUGUUUAUGAGCCUACUGCACAGAGAGCUUUGUCAACAGGACAAUGCAUUUCCUCCAAUUUCUUCACCAACAGUUUAAUACAAACAUUCCUCAAACAGUCUUCUAAUUCAAGUUUAGUGAUCUGACAUAUAAACUUUAUUAAGGCUCAGUGAGCACAAGGACAUACAAAUGCCUGAACCUCGCAUCAGAAGAACUCACAGACAUGCCCAGGCAAUCUAAAGCAGUUGAACCAUACAAUGACCUGUCAGAAAAUUUGUCACAGAGGCCUUUGGAAAAUUUAAGACUUUUUCAACUGGACAUCACAUCUGCCUUACAGAGCUCAGGAUGGUCCUGCAAGUGUAGCAUCUUCUUACACUUGUAACAGCUGAUGUUUAGGACUGAAGCCUAAUCUAGGAGGUCUCCAUAAUGAUUUCUGUAUAAGGGGCCUAAAGUUAUCAAGUGAAGUGCUUUGAUGCUAAAACACAAAAAUACAGCUUUUAGGCAACUAUGCUAUUUGCAUGAACAAUUGAGGGAAUAACUGCAGAGAUCUGCAUGAUAAAACAUUUAAAAUCAGGGCUGAAAAAUUCAUUUUGUAAAUAAAGCUAUUUUAAAACCUAAUCAACGAAACACCAAUGGUGUCAGUUUAUGCUCAAUAUACAGAAAACUCAAACUAUACAAGAUCUUCAGCUUACCUGGAAUUGGACAAAUCUAAAAUCCGUGAACACAGACUAAAGAGGUGUGCUUGUGUGUAGUUAAAAGUUGCAAACCUUUUAUCUGUCAUAAUUCAGUUAUGUAAAAUAAAGCA